AUGAUUCGGAUCGCCGUCGGUGCAAAUUUCCUCCUAGCGCUUUCGAUCCUGGCCGUUGCCGAUGGCCGGAAUUUGAUCAAUCUGCUGUCUGAAGCUCGCCAAUUCUUUGGCGGCUUUGAGGAGAAUAGCGUCCUCCUAGCUGGUUCCACCGGUUACUGGAAUUACCGGCACCAGGCGGAUUUAUGCCAUGCAUAUCAAAUCCUCGAGAGAGAUGUUUAUAAUGGAGUUCCUAAGGAUUAUGAUGGAGAAGAUGUUACUGUCAACAACUUUUUGGCUGUGAUCCUUGGGAACAGAACUGCACUCACAGGAGAAGAAGCAUGCUUCCUGGGACAUAUAAAAGCUUGGUUUUUUUACCUUGAAGCUUGUGAGUCCGAAAGUAUUUUUGAGGGCCUUCUUCCUGAAGGCUUGAAUAUAUAUGCAACCACUGCAUCAAAUGCGGAAGAGAGCAGCUUGGGAACCUACUGCCCAGGUGACUAUCUGGGUCCUCCCCCUGAAUAUGAAACCUGCUUGGGUGACUUUUAUAGUGUUGCCUGGAUGGAGGACAGUUUGCGGAAAGAAACUUUGAGGCAACAAUAUCAACUGGUUAGAAGGAGAACUGCUAAUCAAAAUUACUUUUAUGGCUCCCAUGUCAUGCAAUAUGGUGAAUUGAAGCUAAGUGUGGAGAAUCUUUUCCUGUACAUGGGUGCAAAUCCUGCUAAUGAUAACUAG